UUCAACAGAUGUAACACGUGGGGAACAACCUCAAAGUUUGAAUUUACUGACGCACGCUGCGUGUGUUGCAUUUUCCAGAACGUUUUCCAGCAAGGACGCACUAACCCAAGGAUAUUAUUUCUCGAGACUGAGAGAGCCAGACUGCCGAAAGAUGCACCGGGCUGCCCUUUUAACGUGUCUGCUCACCGUAUCAAUGAUGAAUCAAGUGAGUGGUUUGGAAACUAUCACCGGGAAGUAUGGAGACACCAUUGAAAUCCCAUGCAACAAAAGCCAUGUAGAGGAAAACAAUCUCUCAUUUGUUAAAUGGAAAUACGACAAAGAUGGCAACAUACUGGUGAAAAAUCUGAAUCAGAAUGUCUCCAUUUCAAACGAUGUGAACUACAAGAACAGAGUCAGCAUUAAAAAAGAUUUCAGCCUCGUCAUCACACAAGUGACCAUGGCCGAUCGGAGAACCUUCACCUGCAUAGUGGUGGGGCAGUCAGACCUUUUGGAGUACCCUGUUCAAUUGGCCAUUUACAAGGUUCCAUCGCAACCUCAGAUUACAAAUCUAACGACUGCGAUGGCAAUCGGCAAACCAACUGCGUUAGCGCGGUGUCGUACUGAAGGUGCCAAUCCAGCUGCCAGCAUCAAAUGGUUCAAGAAUAAGACUCCACUUGAGACUGAUGGAGCAGCCAUUAAAAUCACCACAAAUGUGGAUGUUGAUGACAAGACACAACUGUCCACGGCAACGUCUACCCUUGAGUAUACAGCAGUGAAGGGAGACAUUGAUGCCAAGUUCACCUGCCAGGUUCAACACGUCCACUCUGCUAACAUGGAUUCCUCACCUCUUGUCUUCACUGUGAACUACCCUACCGAGAACGUCAGUCUCCAAGCGGUGCCCCAGGGUCCUUACAAGGAAGGGGACAACGUGACCCUCAAAUGCACAGCAGACGGAAACCCUCCACCCACUAGCUACAACUUCUACAUCAAUGGAGAGAAAAAGACUGUGAACUCCAACAUGUACACCCUGACCAGUGUCACCCGGGCGAACACUGGAGAAUACAAAUGUUCACUAGUGGACAACGAGGGUAUUGCGGAUUCUGUACCCAUCACAGUUGAAUAUCUUGAUGUGGUUCUUAGCACCACUGGUAAAAUUGUUAAGAAACUUGGGGAAAGCUUUGAGAUGACGAUAGAUGUUAAAGCUUCAGGAGCAGCACAAACUUCUUGGAAAAAGGGCAAUACCAAGCUGAAUAGCCUGCCCAAAUUUGACAAGUUGACAUACUCAGACUCUGGCAUGUACGAGUGUAUCGUUUCAAUGACUGGACUCAAGGAAACACGAACAUUUCAAUUAGUAGUCGAAGGUUCUCCAGUCAUUAAGAACCUGAUUAAGCAGCGUGGUGAGGGCAUGACCAAGGUCCUGAAAUGUGCGGCUGAAGGCUUUCCAAAACCCACAGUACAGUGGAGUGUCAAUGGCACAAAUGCUGCUGAGAGUGUUUAUGAGCAUGGCAAAGUCACGUACAGCAUCACUAUCAUUCCAAAGGGCAAUCUCACUGUGUCCUGCAUGGUCUCUAAUGUCUUGGGCUCUGACAUUAAGAGCAUUAAUGUGUCAGCACUUGUUGAGGACGUGACAAUGGACAAACAAGCAGAUCAGAAAGAUGAGUACAGUGACCAGACGCCGCUGGCUGUUGGCAUAGUUGUUGGUCUCAUGGUGGCAGUUCUGGCGAUAGGACUGGCCUACUGGCUGUACAUGAAGAAAUACAGGCAAGGAUCCUGGAAAACUGGAGAAAAAGAAGAUGGAUCAGCAGAAGAGAGCAAGAAGCUAGAAGAAAAUCAAAGCCAAAAAGCUGAUGUGUAAUGUCAAAGGAGCCAUUCAGGGAUUCAUUUGAACGUAAUCCCUUUAUCCCAAGAGAAGGAGUGAAAAAUUGGUGAAAUCUGUGGAGAAAAAAAAAAAAAAAAAAAAAAAAAAAAAAAAGAAAGAGAAAUCAGAAGCUGUAAUGGAGGACCUGCGUAGCUGUGUCAGUUACAUCUCCACCACCGUCUGUAAUGUGUCUGUGCCUCCCCUAUGCUGGGGAUUUAAUUAAUAAUGUAUGUUGUAAAGUAUGUGAAUCUUUUGCAUUGAAGAUCAAGCCUGUGUCUGUAAAGUGUUGAUUCAUAAUGUUGGGUUUAAUAUUUGUUACGUUUGCCAAAAGCCCUGUUGUGUUUUGUUUUAUUUUUGGGUCCCAACUAUUUAGAUUCACAUGGUAGAAACACUUUAGCAUCUGUACAGGACUUUGACAUUACAAUUACACAUAGUACAUAAUCUGUGGCAUGAUGUGAAGCAUGAUAUUCACGUUUAUACUGAGCACUUGGCUAGUUUUCAGAUCUUAACAAGUCAGUGAGCAAAAUUACAUCCCAAUAUUAUACUUACUGGGAUUUAAAGACCAUUAUUUACCAAUUUUUAGAUAUUACACGCAUUUAAAUAGACUGUGACCUACAAUUUGAAGUUAAAAUGUCUACACAGGACAAAUGACAUAAUUGUUGAAGUAAAAAGAAAUUGCAGGGACCAAUGCUUGUUUAAUGAAAACCAUGCCCUUUGCUUGGAUUGUUUACCAUACAGACUAAAAACCAUGUUAAAUUAGGUUCACUCAUAUUGCCUUUUCAGGAAAAUGUAAAAUCAUCUCUCAAUAAUGUAUAUUGUCACUCUUUUCUCAGAUUAUCACCCGCGUGCUCGUUUCAUUGUUUUGCCGCAGAAUCGUACGUGAUCUGGUUUAAGCAUUACUUGUAAAUAUGGUUAACUUCUUUUUAUUGUUUUUAUGUUCUAUUUAUAUUGUUGAGGUUUAGCUGAAUGCCAGUGUUUUGACAUUACGUUAGCUAGUUUUAGUCAAUUUUCCUGAAAAUAUACCUCUGUUGCUGUUGAAUGGUACAGUAGCGGUAUUUACUUGCAGAUUUUGAAUUCAAGCUUUCAGUUUGCAUAGUGGUUGCUGCAUUUCCACACAGCGCAUUGUACCUGCAUUUAAUCCACUGUCAAAACCAAAGAGGUUGAAUGUGGCCAUGCAAGUAUUGUACAUACUGACCAUUGUUUUGUACUCUUAGUUCAAAUAAAGUGUACAUUUUUAGGA